AGCUCGUACGGGCCGGAGGGCGUCCAGACGUCCUGCUCAUUAGGCUGGGAGGUGAGAUCCUGGAGCAACUGCAGCUACCUCAUCUUCUACACGCUCAUGUGCUUCAUACUGCCCACCGCUGUCAUCGUGUACUGCUACAGCAACGUCCUCGUGUCCAUGAGGAAGAUCAACAAAAGCAUUGAACUUCAAGGGGGGAAGAACUGCCUGGAGGACAAUGAACACAUGGUACGGAUGGUCCUGGCCAUGAUCAUUGCCUUCUUCAUCUGCUGGUGUUACACCGCCAUCUCUGUGGUUGUAGUUGUGGAUCCAGAGAUCUACAUCCCACCUCUGGUGGCCACCAUGUCGAUGUACUUCGCCAAGACCAGCCCCGUCUACAAUCCCAUCAUCUACUUCCUUACUAACAAACGGUUUCGAGAGUCUUCUCUGGAAAUCCUGUCCUGUGGUCGAUACGUCCCUCGUCACACUGGUGGUAUAAUGAUGUGCUCAACCCAGAGGAGCCAAAGCAGGAUUAAUCCAGUCUGAUCU